GAAAGUAUUAGCGGUUGUAGUAAAACAUGGGAUUCUGCAUGGUAACUUUAAAAAUAAAAUCUUAACUACUGGAACCUAUGAAUCGGAGAGGUUCAAAGUAAACCAGAACUGGGUGUACUAAACAGAAAUGUUCAGUUCGUAGUGUUUUAGUUAUAUCAAAGGGUCUCAUUUUUGAGGGAACGUGUCUGUUUGAUGUGACGAGAUAGCAUACUAUCUAGUUAUCUCGGACUUGAUUUUUCGUUCUUGUACCCAACGACUGAGCAAGAUAUUUUCGUACUGUUGUACGUAAGUAGUUAUUUGAGAAUCUGUUCAUUGGAUGUAUUUCCUGUUGUAACUGAGAAUGAAGUAAUCAACACGGCUAACCAGCUACCAGGUUCACUUGACUCAGUAGCUGACUAGGUCUGCUGUAUAGCUAGAUUGUAUUGUUGUUGUUCGUUAUGUGUAGUAGCUGCCAUAGUUGGGUAGUCAAUAUCCUAACUGCAAUACAGCAGUGUAGAACUAUGCCAUUCUUUGACGUGCCACGCAAAUUACACAUCUUAAGCUUUAAUUGACGGUAAGUGAAUGCUUCGAAUUUGAGAAAGGUUGCAGCCUUACAGAACUUUUGUAUGACCCUUGUAAUACUUGUACUCUGCUGAUGUUUUCAGUGCCUGGCUUAAUGGGCGUAGGUGUGAUGGGUUCCUUAUUGUUCAAAUAUCCGAGCAUUCACUUAAAAUGCAUCUGUCCUUUAAUUACUUCAACGUCGCGUUUGUUUCCGAUUCAUAAAUGCGAGUCAUUCCUCUUCACACUUGCCAAACUGCCGAACGCAUAUUACUUACCAGCAAACGAAGGGAAGAGGUUUGUUGGUAGCUACAAGAAAGAAGGCAAACAGAAGUUCUUCUCUUACAAGGAAAGACAGGUCCAUCCCACAUCUGUAUUUGCAGCAGGGACAGCUAAGAGAACAGCUGAGUUAAUGAGAAGAAGGUCAGGGGAGGAGGAACAAGAGCAGCCGAAGCUUUCCAACAGAGCCUAUGAUAAUGACCUCCCAGACCACCCACUCACCCCAACCCAGUGGAAGACUCUCAAAGAAAAUGCUAAGAACCCUCAUCGAUUUGAGAUUAGGAUGAUGGUGAGAAUAUUGUCUCAGGGGGCUGACAUUAAUGUGGCCAAGUCUCUUCUGACUUACGUCGCUCUAGAGGAAGGGACAUUGUCCUAUGAAUUGAUGCUGAGAUACCUUACCCUGUGCGUCCAUGGCAACCACCACUCGGAGGUGUUUGACGUUUAUGACAUCAUGACGAGUCACUUCAAGACGCUGGACACUGGGGCGUACAGUCUUCUCAUCAAGGGCUUCAGCAGGACUGAGCGCUGGAAAGAGACGCUACUACUCUUAAAAAAACUCAAGAAGCUCAUCACUCCAUCCCCGCAGAACUACGCCGAUGCCAUAGGUGGCGCCGUGCAGCAUGGUGACAGUGCGACAGCGUGGGCAUUGUACGACGAGCUUCUCGACAAGGGCGUGACCCCCAACCAGGAAAGCUGGCUGUCCUUAUUUGAGAGCGGCCUUUCUGACCAUGGCAAUGAUGAGAGGCUGGAGUCCAUCCUGAACUACAUGAGAGACAAUCAGGUCUAUCCACAGGAGUCGCUUGCCAAGAGCGUCAAAGCCUGGUUUGAGAGUCUUCCAGGUAACAAAUGGAAAGGGAAGUGGUCUUCUGUUGAGCCAAGUGGUGUUUGCCGGAGCUGCCAGUCUAGACUGGAGUCCAUCCAGCUCACUGAAGAGGAGUACGGCCAGCUGAAGGACAUGGUGAUGAAGGACGUCAUCCAGGGCAAAGACGUUUUCAACAAGACUACCCCUGAGGAGCUGGAGAGAUUCAAGACCUUUGUGAAGCGCAGGCCCCCCUUUGAUGUGGUCAUCGAUGGCCUCAACGUCGCCAACACCACCGCCAAAGGGAACCAGUCCGAGACGCUGCUGGCAGUGGUGUCGGAGCUGGAGCAGCAGGGCCUGAGGAUGCUCGUUCUGGGACGGCAACACAUGCUGCGUCCCUCUCGCAGCUGGGACAGGCGUCACAUGAACCUUCUGCAGCAGAAGGCAGACUGUUUCUUCACUGAGAACAUAUCUGAGGAUGACCCCUUCCUCCUCUACGCUACCCUACAUUCGGGCAACCACUGCAACUUCGUCAGCCGGGACCUGAUGCGGGACCACAAGGCCUGCCUCCCCGAUAGUGCCACCAGACGCCUCUUCUUCAAGUGGCAGCGAGGGCACCAGCUUGUACUUAAUAAUUUCACCCCAGGCAGGAAGGUUCGCUUCGAGAGAAUUCAGCAUUACGAUACCAUUGUACAGACAAAUAAAACGUCCUGGCACAUUCCCUAUGAUGAGGAUGGGGGAGACCGAUGCUCUUAUGAAGUCCCCCAGAAAUGGCUUUGUCUCACCACGAUGGAGUGAAUGGGGGGAGUCUGACAGUCAUAUCAAUAAAGGUGUCUGUUGAUUGCUGAUAGUUUUUGAAUGGA